GGCGGCACCUCCGCCCUUCCCUGCCCGCCGCCCGGUGCCGGUGGGGCGGCUGCCCCGGACUCGCCGCGGUGCCGGGAAGCGGCGGCUCCGCGUUCCUCCCGCGGAAACUUUGCCCGGCGCGAAAGGGGAAGGAUGGAGCCAGGAGAGCCCGCGGCGGCGCCCCUCAACCUGUCCCGAGCCGCGGCAGAGAUGCCCCGCGGGGAGUUCAACCUGUCCGGGCUGCUGGAGGCCGAGGGGAAGCCCCUCUUCGGCAUCGGCAUCGAGAACUUCAUCACCCUGAUCGUCUUCGGUUUAAUCUUCACCCUGGGCGUGCUGGGCAACACCCUGGUGAUCACGGUGCUGGCGAGGAGCAAGCCAGGCAAGCGCCGAAGCACCACCAACAUUUUCAUCCUCAACCUGAGCAUUGCCGACCUGGCCUACCUGCUCUUCUGCAUCCCCUUCCAGUCCACGGUCUACGUGCUCCCCACCUGGGUGCUGGGAGCCUUCAUCUGCAAGUUCAUCCACUACUUCUUCACCAUCUCCAUGCUGGUGAGCAUCUUCACGCUCUCGGCCAUGUCUGUGGACCGGUACGUGGCCAUCGUGCACUCCCGGCGCUCCUCAGCCUUGCGCGUUCCCCGCAACGCCAUGCUGGGCGUGGGGCUCAUCUGGGCGCUCUCCUUCGCCAUGGCCUCGCCCGUGGCUCACCACCAGCGCAUCUUCCACGGCGAGACCAGCAACCAGACCUUCUGCUGGGAGUUCUGGCCCAACCCACGCCACAAGAAGGUCUACGUGAUUUGCACGUUCGUCUUCGGGUAUCUGCUCCCGCUGCUGCUCAUCUCCUUCUGCUAUGCCAAGGUCCUUAAUCAUUUACAUAAGAAGUUGAGAAACAUGUCAAAGAAGUCAGAAGCAUCCAAGAAAAAGACAGCACAGACUGUGUUGGUGGUGGUAGUGGUUUUUGGCAUCUCCUGGCUGCCUCAUCACGUGAUCCAUCUCUGGGCUGAAUUUGGAGUUUUCCCACUGACUCAAGCCUCCUUUCUCUUCAGGGUAACUGCACACUGCCUGGCUUACAGCAAUUCUUCUGUGAACCCAAUCAUAUAUGCAUUUCUAUCUGAAAAUUUUAGGAAGGCCUACAAACAAGUCUUCAAAUGCCAGAUUGGUAAUGAGUCACUUCUGAAUGAUGCUAAGGAAAAUAAAAGUCGGAUAGAUACACCACCCUCUACCAAUUGUACCCACGUGUGAAUGCUGAGAAGCCCUGUAUGUUGGCUCUUCCUUUAUGUAAACUAAACACCAAGAAAAAAAAGCACAAUGAGGUUUAUCCUGGGUUUAUCUUGAUAAAACUAAUUGCUAUUUAAUGUACUGAAGUUGCAUUUGUAAGCAAAGUUUGUGAAACACAUAUGAAAGAAACCUGUGCUGACCCUUUGCAUCUUAGAUAGCUUUGUCAAAUAAACCUCUUGGACUUUCACAGAUAUUUGGGAAAAAAAGUGUUGAGAUUAUUUGUCUGUAUUCUUACUCACUAAGCAUACAAGGGUACAAGAAGAUGUUGAUGCGGACAGGUAACUUUCUGACAUUUUGCUCCAUGAAAGUGAAAAAAUGGAUAAAUUUUCUGUCCUACAGAUAAUAAAUACUGGACUACUAUGAUUUCAAAGAGGAAAGCUUUUGUUCUCUCUUCAGAUUGUUCUGAUGACACCCUUUUUCUUUUUGAACAUGGGCUCUGAUUUGGAGUUGGAAUAAAUUGUAUACACCUUGAGGCAAUUGCUUUAGAGAGGAAAUGCAAUUUGUAUCUGUUUAGCUGGUUUUAAUGUGUCCUCUGGAGCAAGGGUGGAUUGGUUUCCCACUUCAUAUGGCUGCCUUACUGUAUACACAGAAAUUUUGUGUACACUAUAUGGGGUUUUUUUAUGGCCUGUAUGUAAUUGUAGCAGAAUGAGGAUUUGUGUCUAAUUGAGGGAAGCUUUUCUUCAUGUGCCGCAUGUGCACGUGUGUCUCCUUAAUUUCAUGGUCUUUGAGAUGCAGAUACAGUUUUAAAUGUACAAUGAAUAAAUGUUUUAAAUUAAAGAAGCUCCACACAAUGCUUAAGGAUUUUCCCUUAAAAGUUGUAGGUGGAGCUUGAAAUUAUUUAGUUUUAAAUUGGAAGUAUAAAGAAGGUUGCAUUUAAAUUAAUGUGAAGUAUGUAAGGUAAAUGGUACAAUUCUGCAAAUUCUUAAAUAAAAUUAGUAGUUUCGGUAAUUUUAUAAAUUUACUGAAAAUGUCUUUAGGUAGUAAACCAAUAAAGAAAUAAUGGAAAAACA